GCACCAUGACUGAACUUGGCAACGCUCACCAAACGAACGCACCAUGACGAACGCAGCGAGCUGUCAAAAAUUUUCACUUGCGUGCGUGUUCAAUCACGUUGGUGGUGGCCGCGGAUUUAUUUGAGAUUUUCAACGUGAAGUAGUGUGUGAUUGUGAAAAAGGAUCCUCUGUCGUUAAAUCGUGCGGGUGGCCGUACCGGAACAGCUCCUAAAUGGCGGAAUGAGCAAAUCUGGGUGAGUAUUUGCUGUUUUGUGAAACUUGAAAGGGCGGAAUCCCAGCAGUAGGCAUUUUUCAUGGCCUGCUUUUUGUGUUUCUCUUUUUUACCGGGAUUCAACACAACGGAGGCGCUCGUUUUGGAAAAGAAGGCCCGGCUCCAGCUGCGGACUUUCCCGGCCGCCGUCAUGACGUUCCGGGUGUUGGUUCUGCCGAGUGACGGACCAGGGGACUAUUUCGAUCGUGGAUUAAGGAUGAGCCAAGUAAUGCUGCCGGGGAGUUUCUUUCCGGAUGAAAUCAAUGGAAACAGUGCAACAAUCUCAUCCACGGGUCAACUGAUCACCAAGAGGGCAAUCCUACUGCAACCAGGCUGCUUGUUUGGAUCGCCAAAUUUUCCCUGGCCGUUUCCUGGAAGGCGUUGCUACAGAUGCGAAAAGGGUAGACCGACAACGUAGACGGAGUUCCUGUGGUGUUGGUGGUGACAAGAGGACGAAAUCAACCGGAGCCUUCGCGCGAACCUGGCCGAUUCGAUGAUGGCGGACGGAUUUUCAUAGAGGUUGUCGCUGAAAAAAUUGCAGCUAAGCCGAGUGAAACGGGAAGGCGAAACAAUAGUGCGAGAAAGAGAACGGAAAAGAUUGCAAGAGCCCAGCAAUUCAAUUCGAAUUUGGAAACGGAAUCUAAUUAGAUUCUAAAUAGAAACCGUUUCAAACGCAACAACCGGUUCCGUGUUCGAACCGGUUGUUGCGUUCGAAAUGGAACCUAAUUCGAAUCUAAUUUGAUUUCGUUUCAGAAUUCGAAUUGAACUGACUGGGUGGAAGAGAAACCAAAGCCAAAGUUUGUAACACGCACCAACACGAACACAAACGUACACAGCUAGCUUUUUGGGCCAAUACAAUAAGAACCAUAAAAAUACUGUAUUUAAUUAUAUAUUUCAUUGUCCAUAUUCUUUUUUUACAGUACAAUUUAGUGGAGAGAAAAAAAUAAAUAACAUAAAAAUACAAUAAAACUUACUGUAGUUAUUAUUUAUUUCAUUGUCCGAUUAUAGUUUUUACAAUAUCAUUUAGUAUGGGAAAAUCCAUGAAGAACUGUGAAUUUACUGUGCAAACCAUAGUAAUGGUUACUGUAUUUAUUAUAGAUGCAUGAUGUUUUCUAUGGUUUGGGUCAAUUUUUUGACGGAAAAGGCAUCAAUGAAAAUACGGUAGAAUGUAUAGUAUUUGGUUUUUUUUUGUAUGGGGAAAAGUCGAAAUUUUUAUGGUGACUGUGCCUAACAAUACCCCUUUUUUAUAGUAAAUUCCCAAAAUAAGAUAUAUUCUAUGGUGAAAAAACAUAAAGGCUACUGUAGAAUCAUGGUAAAAAUAACCAUAGAAUUUAUCGUGUGAUAACCAUAAAAUCUACUGUUGGUUUAUAGUAAAUCUUUAUGCGGGAUAACAAAACCUUUCAA